UCCUCCCGUUCUUUAUCAGAGCCCCUGCAAUAAGUAGGAAUGGGCAGUGGCUGUUCACAUGCAGCACACCUUUUCCAUUUGCUAAGAAGGACCUGCCAGGCCAGGAGGGAGUUGUCCCUGCCUGACUCGGGAGAGAGGAGCCACGGUGACCAUCCACAGGCACCAUGAAACGGCUUCAAGUGACCAUCCUUUGUCUUCUUCUGUCCAGUCUUUGUAACAGUGAGGACAAAACAGAACCUCCUGCUUCAUCACCAUCGACAAACUCUACAAUAACCUCUACAGUAACCUCUACACCCAUGCCAACAUCACGUGAGGUGACAUUGACAAGUCCUGCUGGGAAAUCAACAGGUGGAACGACUCCUAAAGGAACCACAACCAAAGGUGUCAUGACGACUGAAGCCAAUAUUACAAAUACAACAGUGAGAAAAUGUCCACUUUCAACUGUUGCUUCAACAUUACAAAGUUCCCACCCCAAGACUGGGACUCCGAGUUCAAUUACAGCAACAGAAACAUCAGUUAACAUCUCACUACCAGAUGCAUCAUCACCUCUCCAAACCAGUUCAUUAACCUCAACACCAGUAAUUCCAGAAAACAUCUCACCGUCUCAAAGUUCUGAGAAUGGAAAAAAUGCAAGCGCGUCUUCAGCCAACCCCUCUUAUUCCAGUAUUAUUUUGCCUGUGGUUAUUGCUUUGAUUGUCAUAACACUUUCAGUCUUUGUCCUGGUGGGUUUGUAUCGAAUGUGCUGGAAGACAGACCCAGGCACCCCGGAAAAUGGAAAUGACCAGCCUCAGUCCGAUAAAGAGAGUGUGAAGCUUCUCACUGUUAAGACAAUUUCUCAUGAGUCUGCCAUGGAUUCCAGGAGGUGCUGUGCCUUUUGCAAAAUACACAAUAGUGAGCAUUCAGCACAAGGAAAAACCAAGAACUGACAGCUUGAUGAAUCCUCCCCACACCUGGGCAAUAAAUAUGCUUAAUCUUCAGCUUCUGGGCUCCAGGGGUAGAAAGGGAGAAAGCCCUGUGGAAUCAAUCCUGACUCUCAGUCCUGCUCGCCAGUCUGCAUCUGUCACCUGUCCCCAUAAACUAGAUGACACACAAUAAUCUGAUGGAAUCAAAAAGAAUCCUGGGCCUCUCCUGUCCUCUGAGAUGUGGAAAAGCACCUUAGCGCAUUUUACAGGAACAAUCCUAGGAGAAUGAAUUUUAGGAGGGGCGUCUGUGAGCAGUUAACCUGACAGCCCAGGCCGAUGGCUUCACUGAUGAAAUGGCUGUCCCUUGAGUUUAAAGUUUCCAGAACCAACAGUUUUUAUUCAUGGAGACGUUCCCACUUUCUCGGUGUUCUUAUAUUAGCUAAUGUUUGUAUUUAUUGUUUUCCACUAAUGUAGGGGAAAUUUGCGAGUGUAUUAUUAAAUACCAGGUCAAAAUCCUCCUUUGUACAUAAAGAUAUUUUAUUCAUACUUUCAUGUGUUACUUUUAAUAAAUAAUUACUGUACUCAAUACACUAAAAAUAUCAUAAUGUGACUGUGAAAAUGGCAAUAGUAUUGUCUUCCCUUCAUUAUGAGUAUUUUGGGGUUGAUUAUUAGACUAUGAGAACUUACUCUGAAAGGCAUCUAGUAAGUGAGAAAGGGACAAAGGAUUCACAUAUCAGGCCUUAUUCAGGGGAAGUCAAUUGAACAUUUCUUUGGUCUUUCUAUUUGCAAUUCACACUGUGUGACAAGGAUGUAAGGGCAUUUGUGACACUGUACUGCAUUCAUUAAGAAGAUAACAGGACUGAGAUUUUUCAGAAUCCAUUUGAUUGAUACUAUCUCUGUGCAUUUUUUAUUUCUUUUAGAAAUGUAAUGAUUUGUUCUAGACAUCAUUGUUAAAUCUCCAGUUUGUAGAAACCAACAUUUCAUAAAUACAUAAUUGUGAUAUUA